GACCACGACUCUACCCCUUGCUCCCAACCCAGUCCCGGCAUCGAUAUUUUGCUCUCAGAUCCUGCAGGAAAAUAUCCGUCAUUGUUAUGAUGGACGCUAUCCACGAAAAUUUCAUGAAGGAAGCUCUGGCGAUGGCUCAAGAAGCUCUCGACGCCAGCGAGGUUCCCGUUGGCUGUGUUUUCGUUCGUGAUGGAGUCAUCAUCGCCAAAGCCAGAAAUCGGACGAACGAGCUCAGGAAUGCCACUCGACACGCAGAACUAGAGGCCAUUGACCAAAUUCUCGCUGAGAUGCCAGAGCUGUCACAAUACCCGUUAUCGAGCACGACACUCUAUGUGACGGUCGAGCCUUGUAUCAUGUGUGGAUCUGCGUUGCGGCAGUUGGGUAUCAAAGAGGUCUUAUACGGGUGUGCCAAUGACAGAUUUGGAGGGUGUGGGAGUGUCUUAGGGACGAAUGAGACCUAUCACCCCGUGCAUCCGGUCUACAAAGCUAUUGGUGGAUACCUACGUGAGGAGGCCAUUAUGAUUCUUCGGCGGUUCUAUAUAACGGAGAACACGAAUGCACCUGUUCCAAAAUCGAAGGCAAACCGCGUCCUCAAGACAGAAAUAUUGCCAGAAUAAUGAUAACAUCAUGUUGAAUAUUUCGCAGGCCUAUACCCGAUUUUGUCUCCUCGACUCAAGCGGUUUAGGGCUUGUUAAAUUCCUCUUCGCUCCCGGUACUCCAACCUUCGCGUAUAACGCAAUAUCGAACCCGUCAUUCAUAAUGCAUACAAUGUAUGCUGUUGUCGGUGCCGCGAAUACAAGGCGUACAACAUCCGAAGUUACAAUUCAAACUCAACCGACGUCGACACCUUCGUCCGGUACCGACAAAUUUGUUCUCCGACUUCAACGAAACAAUUUUCCAUAGCGACAAUGGAUACCCAGCCCAUUAACAACCUCUCUCAGCUUCUUGAAAACCUCUCGGUUCAAGA